AUGGACGGCAUUGGCUUUUCAGAGGCGGAGAAACGGCGGUUGCUGGGCCAAGCAGACGAUGGUGGUGGCGGCAGCAGUGGGAGAACACGCAACGCCAGGGCAGAUGUGGCAAGGAGGAAGCGGCAGCAACAGCAGCUGAGACAGCAAGGGUCACAUGACCCUCAGCGACAACGGCAACGACAGCAGCAGAGGCUGGGCAGACCGCCGUCAUCAACAACGGCACCUGCAGCGACAACGGCAACAGUCGAAGCACCCACUCAACGUGACGCGGGAGCACGGUGCCAUGGUACAGAGGCCGAGGCCGGCCGUGCAAAAGCGAGCGAGUGUCCUGUCUCAGAGCACGGCACCAAGGCCGCACUUGAAGCAACGAGUAGUGACAGAACAAGCCAGGACGCCACACAAACUUCCUCUUCACAAGCGCCUGUCACCACGAAUGACCAGGUAAAAGGGGUGCAGCAAACACAGCAGCAGCAAACACAGCAGCAGCAGCAGCAGCAGCAGCGGUCAUCAGAGGAGCCGAAGAUGGAGUUGCGUGAUUCGGAAGAGGCGCUGGUGUUGACCAUCCAGGCGGUGGAGCAGCGCAAGAGGGAGAUGGAGGAAGCAAACAAGCGGCGGCAGAUGGAGCUCGUCAAGGCCAUCCAGUCGCGCAAGAUGAAGGCCAUGACCGAGGCUGCCAAGCUCAACCAAGUACAAGCUGAGCUUGCGACCUUGGAGCGAUCUCUAAGCACGGACAUUGCUCUUCUCCGACAACGCAUUGAGGCUGCUUGCCGCGACUUUAACAUGGCAAAGGGGCGGUUCGAGGCUGCGGAGAAGGAGUACGUUGCUGCCAAGUUAGACUACCACAAGAAACAAGAGCUCAAGGAUCAACUGACAGAGCACCUCUUCAUCAUCAUCCAGAAGACGGAGGAGCGCAAGGCGGCGAAACUGGAGGAGCUGAUGCGGAAGAUUGGGGCGGAGGAUGGCGAUGGCGCCGCACUCGAGGGUGCACAGCAGCAGCAGCGGGGGGCAGCCGAAGUCAUUGCCGCACAACAACAGCAGCAGCAACAGCAGCAGCAGCAACAACAACCGCAGCAGCAGCAACAGCAGCAGCAACAACAACCGCAGCAGCAGCAGCAACAACAGCAACAGCAGCAACAGCAGCAACAACAACAACAGCAGCAGCAACAGCAACAGGAGGGGGACGGGCAAUAA